UCACGUGGCGGCGGCGCCGGGCUCAGCCAUGGCGGAGGCUGCGGCCGCUCCCGCUGCCCCCGCGCCCCGCGGCCGCUGAGCCCCGCCGCGCCCCGAGCCCGCCCGCCGCCAUGGCCGAGCCCGCCGCCGUGUCCUCGCUGCCCCGCGAGGUCCGCGAGCAGCUGGCCGAGCUGGAGCUGGAGCUCUCGGAAGGGGACAUCACACAGAAGGGGUAUGAGAAGAAGAGAGCAAAGCUGCUGGCUCCGUAUGUUCCACAAACCCAAGGGGUUGAUCCAGCAUUACAGAAGGAAUCCAAACCUCAGAUGCCCGUUCCAUCUGCAGCUCCAGCCUCAGCAUCCUCCUCCUCCUCAUCCUCAUCCAAAUUCCACCGAGCUCGCUCAGGGGGAGCCCGAGAUGAACGUUAUCGAUCUGACAUCCACACCGAGGCGGUGCAGGCGGCGCUGGCCAAGCACAAGGAGCAGAAGAUGGCCCUGCCCAUGCCCACCAAGCGCCGCUCCACCUUCGUGCAGUCCCCGGCUGAUGCCUGCACUCCCCCAGACACGUCUUCCGCCUCCGAGGACGAGGGCUCGCUCAGGCGCCAAGCUGCUCUCUCUGCUGCAUUGCACCAGAGCUUACAGAAUGCUGAGUCUUGGAUCAACCGAUCUGUUCAGGGGUCAUCCACAUCCUCAUCAGCAUCCUCUACGCUUUCCCAUGGAGAAGGCAAAGGGACCAGUGGGUCACUAGCUGAUGUAUUUGCCAAUACUCGAAUAGAAAGUUUCUCAGUCCCCCCAGAUGUCACAGCAACUACCUCCACGCCGUCAGCGCGGCCGGCAGCCGUCGACCUCCCUCCCUCUGGAAUCGUCAAGGGGAUGCACAAGGGAUCCAACCGCUCCAGCCUGAUGGACACUGCAGAUGGCGUUCCUGUGAGCAGCAGAGUCUCCACAAAAAUCCAGCAGUUGCUGAACACCUUGAAAAGACCCAAAAGGCCACCCCUGAAAGAGUUCUUUGUGGAUGAUUUUGAAGAAAUCGUGGAAGUUCCCCAGCCCGACCCGAACCAGCCCAAGCCCGAGGGCCGCCAGAUGACCCCGGUGAAGGGAGAGCCCCUGGGGGUGGUCUGUAACUGGCCCCCUGCCCUGGAAGCAGCCCUGCAACGCUGGGGAACCACUCAGGCCAAGUGUCCCUGCCUGACAGCGCUGGAUGUGACAGGAAAACCAGUUUAUACCCUCACCUAUGGCAAGCUGUGGAGCAGAAGCCUCAAGCUGGCCUACACCCUGCUGAAUAAACUGGGCACCAAAAACGAGCCUGUGUUAAAACCUGGAGACAGGGUAGCCCUUGUGUAUCCCAACAACGACCCCGUGAUGUUCAUGGUGGCAUUUUAUGGCUGUCUGCUGGCAGAAGUGAUCCCAGUGCCUAUAGAGGUACCUCUUACCAGAAAGGAUGCAGGUGGGCAGCAGAUUGGCUUCCUGCUGGGGAGCUGUGGGGUUGCUCUGGCCCUCACCACUGAAGUGUGUCUGAAAGGGCUCCCAAAAACCCAGAACGGAGAAAUCGUGCAGUUUAAAGGUUGGCCCAGACUCAAAUGGGUUGUGACAGAUUCAAAAUAUCUCUCCAAAUCUCCCAAGGACUGGCAGCCCAACAUCUCAGCAGCAGGAACUGAGCCAGCAUACAUUGAGUACAAGACCAGCAAGGAGGGCAGUGUCAUGGGUGUCACCGUGUCCCGUGUGGCCAUGCUGGCUCACUGCCAAGCCUUGUCUCAGGCCUGCAACUACUCUGAAGGUGAAACCAUAGUGAAUGUGUUGGAUUUUAAGAAGGAUGCAGGGCUGUGGCACGGCAUUCUAACGAAUGUAAUGAACAAGCUACACACUAUCAGCGUGCCCUAUUCUGUGAUGAAAACCUGUCCUCUCUCAUGGGUGCAGAGGGUUCACGCCCACAAAGCGAAGGUUGCCCUGGUGAAGUGUCGGGACCUGCACUGGGCCAUGAUGGCCCACCGGGACCAGAGAGACGUGAGCCUGGGCUCGCUGCGGAUGCUGAUCGUCACCGACGGCGCCAACCCCUGGUCUGUUUCCUCCUGUGAUGCCUUCCUGAGCUUGUUCCAGAGCCACGGGCUCAAACCAGAGGCGAUCUGUCCCUGUGCCACCUCCCCCGAGGCGAUGACCGUCGCGAUCCGGAGGCCUGGAGUCCCCGGGGCACCUCUGCCAGGCAGAGCCAUCCUGUCCAUGAACGGGCUGAGCUUCGGUGUCAUUCGGGUCAACACUGAAGAUAAAAACUCUGCUCUCACUGUCCAGGACGUCGGGCACGUGAUGCCAGGAGGCAUGAUGUGCAUCGUGAAACCAGAUGGGCCACCCCAGCUCUGUAAAACAGACGAGAUUGGUGAAAUCUGUGUGAGCUCCAGAGCAGGAGGAAUGAUGUACUAUGGGCUGGCAGGGGUGACAAAGAACACUUUCGAGGUGAUCCCUGUGAACUCCUCUGGCUCUCCCGUGGGGGAAGUGCCCUUCGUGCGCUCCGGCUUGCUGGGAUUCGUUGGACCUGGCAGUUUGGUGUUCGUGGUUGGGAAGAUGGACGGGCUGCUGACGGUGAGCGGGCGCAGGCACAACGCCGACGACAUCGUGGCCACCGGGCUGGCCGUGGAGUCAAUAAAAACAGUUUACAGAGGAAGGAUCGCUGUGUUCUCUGUGUCUGUGUUCUACGACGAGAGGAUCGUGGUGGUGGCGGAGCAGAGGCCGGACGCGUCCGAGGAGGACAGCUUCCAGUGGAUGAGCCGGGUGCUGCAGGCCAUCGACAGCAUUCACCAAGUGGGUGUUUACUGCCUCGCUCUCGUGCCGGCCAACACGUUGCCAAAAACUCCUCUGGGAGGGAUCCACAUCUCCCAAACCAAGCAGCACUUUCUGGAGGGCUCUCUGCACCCCUGCAACAUCCUCAUGUGCCCACACACUUGUGUGACAAACUUGCCAAAGCCCAGGCAGAAACAGCCAGGUGUGGGCCCUGCCUCUGUGAUGGUGGGGAACCUGGUUGCUGGGAAGAGAAUCGCUCAAGCUUCUGGGAGAGAUCUGGGUCAACUAGAAGAUAACGAUUUAGUUAAAAAGCACCAGUUCCUGACAGAAGUGUUGCAGUGGAGAGCUCAAGCCACUCCUGACCACCCACUCUUUCUUUUGUUGAAUGCCAAGGGAACCACUGUGUGCACAGCCACCUGCCUCCAGCUGCACAAAAAGGCUGAGAGAAUAGCAUCAGUGCUGUGUGACAAAGGCCAUCUCAAUGCAGGGGACAAUGUGGUGCUUCUCUAUCCUCCUGGCAUCGAGCUCAUCUCGGCCUUCUACGGCUGCCUGUACUCGGGCUGUGUCCCCGUCACCGUGCGCCCGCCCCACGCCCAGAGCCUGGUGGCAACGCUGCCCACUGUGAGGAUGAUCGUGGAGGUCAGUAAAGCCGCCUGCAUCCUCACAACCCAGACCCUGAUGAGGCUGCUCAAGUCCCGGGAGGCAGCUGGUGCUGUGGAUGUGAAAACCUGGCCAACCAUCAUCGACACAGAUGACUUGCCCAGGAAGCGGCUGGCCCAGAUCUAUAAACCACCCACACCUGAAAUGUUGGCAUAUCUGGAUUUUAGUGUGUCCACAACAGGCAUGCUCACAGGAGUAAAGAUGUCCCACGCUGCUGUCAGCGGGCUGUGCAGGGCCAUCAAGCUGCAGUGUGAGCUCUACUCCUCCCGGCAGAUUGCCAUUUGUCUGGACCCCUACUGCGGGCUGGGAUUUGUGCUCUGGUGCCUUUGCAGUGUGUAUUCUGGACAUCAGUCAAUUUUAAUUCCUCCUAUGGAGCUGGAAUCCAAUCUUUUUCUCUGGUUAUCUACUGUCAGCCAGUAUAAAAUAAGGGACACUUUCUGUUCCUAUUCAGUCAUGGAACUGUGUACAAAGGGACUUGGAAACCAAGUUGAAAUGUUAAAGGCCCGGGGCAUUAACCUGUCGUGUGUCCGGACCUGCGUGGUGGUGGCGGAGGAGCGGCCGCGCGUUUCCCUCACCCACUCCUUCUCCAAACUCUUCAAGGACAUCGGGCUCUCCUCACGGGCUGUCAGCACCACCUUUGGCUCACGGGUCAACGUGGCCAUCUGUUUACAGGGAACAUCGGGGCCCGAUCCCACCACGGUGUAUGUGGACCUGAAAUCCUUGAGACAUGACAGAGUCCGUCUGGUGGAACGAGGAGCUCCGCAGAGCCUGCUGCUGUCCGAGUCUGGGAAGAUCCUGCCUGGAGUCAAAGUGGUCAUUGUCAAUCCAGAGACAAAAGGGCCUCUGGGAGAUUCUCACCUUGGCGAGAUUUGGGUGAACAGCCCCCACACAGCCAGUGGCUACUACACCAUCUACGACAACGAGACCCUGCAGGCCGACCACUUCAACACCCGCCUGAGCUUCGGCGACGCCGCGCACACGCUCUGGGCCCGCACCGGCUACCUGGGCUUCGUGCGGCGCACCGAGCUCACCGCGGCCAGCGGAGAGCGCCACGAUGCCCUGUACGUCGUGGGAGCGCUGGACGAGACCCUGGAGCUGCGGGGGCUGCGCUACCACCCCAUCGACAUCGAGACCUCGGUGUCCCGCACCCACAGGAGCAUUGCUGAAUGUGCCGUGUUCACCUGGACCAACCUGCUGGUGGUGGUGGUGGAGCUGUGUGGCUGCGAGCAGGAGGCGCUGGAUUUGGUCCCUCUGGUCACCAACGUGGUGCUGGAGGAGCAUUACCUGAUCGUGGGGGUGGUGGUGGUGGUGGACCCUGGGGUCAUCCCCAUCAAUUCCCGAGGGGAGAAGCAGCGGAUGCACCUCCGGGACAGUUUCCUGGCGGAUCAGCUGGACCCCAUUUACGUGGCCUACAACAUGUGAUGGGAGCAGUGAGGGUGGUGAUGGAAGUGGAGCUGGUGCAAAUUACUAAUACUUGAUCUAAAGUUUGAGGUUGUUGCCUCCCUCCCAUCCCGGUGGGGAGCAGCAGCAGCAAACGUUUACUGAACCAUGAGCUUUAGAGAACUGCAGAGUGGGGAAAAGUGUGAGCCACAAAACCCCCAAGGCCUUUACAGGAGCGUGACUUUUCCCACCCGUUGUACAUAUUUGUAUUUUUAUCUAAUCCCGGGUUAGGAUUCUAUAAGGGGAGGGUUUAUUUAGUUAAGAUAAUAAACUAUUAAGAAAAGGGUCAUCAGAGUUCUGCAGUUCCCUACUCCAUGAUCCCCUUUGCACCUGGAGCUGUUCGUACCACGGGAUCACACGACUUAUUGACAAUUGUGCCAUGACCAAAUCAAGAACUUACAGAAUCAGAGUUACUUAUUCAUAGAGAGAUUUCUGGAAUUUAAGAAAGAAUUUUGCCUAUAUUUUAAAUAUGUAAAUAUUAUUAUACAUAAUUCACUUAGAUAGAAAAUUAACUUGGCUAGUGAGGACAGCUGAAGGUUGAUGUUUUUAAGGACAGGUGACUUUUGUGGUCCUCGGCAUCCUGGCAGUGGCUUGGACACAAUGUGAGAUGCUCCCACCUUCCCCAGGUUUCUGAUUUCAUUUCUGUCUUUAUUCUGGCCAGAAGUGUGUAGAACCCUUUGGUUUUAAGGCACAUCUUUCUCCAGGAGGCCGAAUUCAGCACGGAAUUGGGUAGAAAUGGGAAUGCAAGUCCCUGAAGGAGCUGAGGGACAGCCUCUGCCUCAUCCUGUGGCACCAGGUGUGGAAAGCAGAAACGUUCCUGAGGCUGACACAUUCCCAAAUUCCCUGCUUGUGCUGGGAUUCCUUCAGCUCCCUGCAGAGCCAAAACUGCUUUAGUGGAAACUGGGAGCAAACAAAAACGCUUUCCUCAGAGCAUUCCCUGGAAGAACGGGAGAAUUCCAGGUUUAAGUGGGACCCGAUUUUUCUUUCCCAGGAGGAGACAGCAAUCCUGGCAAACAUUGUUAAAUAACCUUGUGAAAAUUGCUACCCCAGCCUUCCACAUCGUGUGUCAGCUCCAAAGUUUGGGAAUGGGAGGAAAGAGAAGCCUUAAAGCAGCAGGUCCAAGCUCUUCCUGCUGGGAAGCAGUUCCACACAGUCUGGGGGAAAGAGCUGGUGCUUGAGCUUUGACUCAAAGUUAUCUUUUAUUUUUCUUUUUAAUUCUUCAUCUUUUAACAAUUACAUUUCUCUGGGUGCUAAUCUAUGAUUUUGGAAGCCUUGGGAGCUGCUACCAGAUCCUGCAGCAGGGUUCUUUGAGUCAGAUGUGGUAUACAGUGUAAAUAAACUUUUCAAACGUUCCAGAUUACCUCACACAAAGUUUUUAGGCAGUUUUUGAAAGGUUUGUGGUGUGGGCUUGGAAGAUCCUGUGGCAGUUACUGGAACAGAGUCCAGUGGAUACCUGAGCAACCCCAGCUGUGUCUGUGAAAAGCUCCUGGUGGUUCCUCACUGAAAACAGGAGCUUUAAAACUCAGAUCAGAAGUUUCAGGUGAUAUUUUUGAAAAAUAUUUGGUGGGGGAGUAGGAACUGGAAGUUUUUGGCAGGUCUGGGCUUGGGGUUCUUUGCAAACACUUUGGGGUUUCAGGGGCACAUUUUGGAACCUUGUGUUUUCCACUGUAUCAGCCAACACUGCAGAAUAUGCACAAAAUCUUAAAUGUAUUUAUUUUUAACAAAUUGAACACAAAGUGGGGACAGUGGCAGGUCAAACUGUGACUAAAACAGUUGGUCCUGCAGAUUAUUUGGGGUGUAAAGUGCACAGAGGUUGUUCUCCCCUCUCAGCCAGAAAAUUCCAUGUUCUUUGUCACCAUUUUUGUGUUUCCUGCACAGCCCAAGCAGCUUCACUCCAGUGUGACCUUUCCAGGGAAAACUGCUGGUCUUGAACCUUUUUCUUUACUCAAAGCUUUAGAUAAAUUGUUUCAACAAACACUUUUUGUCCAUUGAAGUAGAUUUCAAGUCCAAUCCCAGGAUUGUCUUUUAUUUUUAUCCGUGAUUUUUCACAAAUAAAACAAUGUGUGUGUGAAUUCCAUCAAAUGUGGCAGAUGGAAUUCCUGAAGUGGCAUUUUUGAAUGUGACUGGAUUGAUAUUUUUUUUUAUUAUUAUUUUUUGGUUUGGAUAGGUACUGGUAGCUUCCUGUGUUUUGAGGUUUUAUCUUCCAAGUUUCCCGUGUGCUCCAGAUCUUCCAGCACAUUCCAUUUCUGGAAUUUCAUUUCAGAAUGAACGAAUUCAGAACGAAAUUUCAGAAAUUCCAUUUCUGCUGGAGAACUGCAGGACGCAGCCCUGCCCAGGGGAUGAGAGCACGUUCCAGGGACGAGGAGAAGCUGCUCAGUUUGGUUUUCCUCAAUUCCCUGAGUGCUUUGUCCCUGUUUUGGCAGUGCUGGAGAGGAGCAAGGACGGAGCUGGGGCUCUGCAAUCCCCAAACUCCACUCCUUGCUCUGUGGCUGGGGAUGAUCCUUCCGAAUUUUUUGGGAGCAAAGCAAAAUCCUUCACUCCAGACAUUGGCAGGUGGGCAGGGCUGGGUGCUUUUCCCAAAAAACCCAUCCUCUCCUCCUGGUGUGACUGCUGGGGUUGCACAGGGCACAUCAUUCCCUUUCUUGCCCCUCAGCUUCCACCUUAACAACUGCAGUGAAACGGAAAAACUGGGAAUUCUUCCACUGGAUAAAGCAUUGUGUGUGUGUCUCACUGUCUCUGAAUCUUCUCUGCGCUAACGCUGUGGGAACAGGACAGUUUCGUCCCAUUUUGUUAGAAUUUGCACUUCAUUUCUGGUUUAAAUCAAUUCAGCUGUGUCCUACUAACUGUCCUAAAAUAAGGUUAUAAAAACCAGAUCAGUUUUAGCCCUAGAUGCUUUUUUUUAUUUUUUGCUUUUAUUUCUGUCAACCUCUUUCCCAUUGUCCAAUCCAGACUCCGGCAUUCUGUAAUUAUGUAUAAAGGUUUUAUUUAUUUAAAAUUAGAUUAGUUACAUUUUUAAAUUUAACACCUGGCUGGACAGUGUCCCAUUAACGCAUUGAUUGUGUUUCCUUUGUCUUGUGUUAAUAAAUAUUGAUGCCUGGU